AUGCAUUUCGCUUCGGUUGCGCUUGUCACCCUAUCCUCAAUUAGCGUGGCCUACGCAGCGCCUUUUGCCAAUUCCGAGGACGAUGCUUUCGUUCGCCGUGCCACCUACUCCGUGGUCAAUGCCGACGGAGGCACCUCUUCUACUUCUAGCCAGGUUGCCCGUGAAGUCGACACUAUUAUCGAGACCUCUACAGUCACUGCUUCCGGAGCCAAUGCAAUGCCCGUUACUGUGACCGUGACUGCUACCCCCUCGAGCGUGGCCCACUCGACUCCUGGCGCCAGCUCUACUCCAUGCACUUCAUCUUCCUCUUUCAUCCGCCGAGGUCUGAGAGCCGCUGGUCAGCCCGCAAUCUUUGCGCGCGAGUACUCUAGUUCUUCCUCAGCGUCGAUUUAUCCCACUUUCUCUGUCACCGAGUCUCUCUAUGCCCGUCAGUGGCCUACCUCAUCAGCAGCUUCAUCUCUCUAUGCUCGAGGCUCGUCUGCUUUCGGGACCGCCACACCCUCUAUCAGCGCCUCCGCCUCCGCCACUCCCCUUGCCGCUCGUGGCUGGUCAUCUUCUGUCUCUGGCACUUCAUCGAUUGCUAGCUCCACUGCUUCGCCCACUUCCAUUGUGGCGCGCGGCUUUAAUGACUGGUCCUCGUCUGCUUCCGUCUCCCCCUCGUCCUCCAGCCUGAGCGCCUCCGCUUCCGCCGCUCCCUCGAGCUGGGGCGUGCCUACUUCGGCUGCUCCUCUUGCCGCCCGCGGCCCUUACGGCUGGUACUCUUCCGUCCCCGGAACUUCCUCCGUCGCCCCCUCCGUUGCCACCCCUUCUACCUCGCCUGCCAUCGUAGCCCGUGGUUUCACCUCGGCUGCUUCCAGCAUCUCUUCGCCUGUCUCCAGCACAUUUGCCGCCACAUCUACUCCUUUGGCCUACUAA